AUGAUGGAGUCUCAAGAUUUAGCAAAUUUAAUUGGGAGGUUUAAAUACGUUAGAGUGUUAGAUUCAAACCCUCACACUAAGGUCAUUUCAUUAUUAGGCAGUAUAGAUGGCAAAGACGCCGUGUUAACCGCUGAAAAGACACAUUUCAUAUUUGAUGAAACAGUACGCAGACCCUCUCAAAGUGGCCGCAGCACUCCUGUUUUCUUUCAUCGUGAGAUAGACGAGUAUUCUUUUUUGAACGGUAUUACCGAUUUGAAAGAAUUAACUUCGAAUGACAUCUACUAUUGGGGGUUGUCUGUUUUGAAACAGCAUAUCCUGCAUAACCCAACUGCCAAGGUCAACUUAAUCUGGCCCGCCUCGCAGUUCCACAUCAAGGGCUAUGAUCAGCAAGAUUUGCAUGUCGUUAGAGAAACUCCUAAAAUGUAUAAAAACAUUGUUGUACCCUUUAUCCAGGAGAUGUGUACGAGUGAAAGAAUGAAGUGGGUGAACAAUAUUCUUUACGAGGGCGCUGAAGACGAUAGAGUCGUUUAUAAGGAGUAUAGUAACAGAAAUAAAGAGGAUGGGUUUGUCAUUUUGCCCGAUAUGAAGUGGGAUGGAAUCAACAUUGAUUCAUUAUACUUGGUAGCUAUUGUAUACAGGGACGAUAUCAAAUCUUUGAGAGAUUUGAAUCCAAAUCAUAGAGAGUGGUUGAUUAGACUAAAUAAAAAAAUUAGGACCAUCAUUCCCCAACACUACGACUAUAACGUGAAUCCGGACGAAUUGAGAGUUUUCGUUCAUUACCAACCAUCAUAUUACCAUUUUCACAUUCAUGUAGUAAAUAUAAGACACCCAGGUGUAGGUGAAGAGAGAGGCUCUGGGAUGACAAUACUGUUAGAAGAUGUUAUAGAAGCUCUAGGGUUUUUAGGUCCUGAAGGUUACAUGAAGAAAACUCUCACGUAUGUCAUUGGUGAAAACCAUGAUUUAUGGAAGAAGGGCUUUAAAGAAGAAGUUGAAAAGCAACUGAAGCACGAUGGCAUCGCAACUAGUCCUGAAAAAGGAUCUGGAUUUAACUCCAAUUUGGGUUAA